GAGUCGUCUCUUCAGUGCUGAGGUGUCAUGGCGGCUCAGGUGAAAGCUCUGGUCGGUGCUAAGUGGCUGGCCGACGCGGUGAGGAGCGCGCGCGUGGGACCGGCGCUGCGCGUUCUGGACGCCUCGUGGUACCUCCCGAUGCUGAACCGGAACGCGCGCGAGGAGUUCGCGCAGCGCCACAUCCCGGGCGCGUCGUUCUUCGACAUCGACGAGUGCAGCGACAGGUCGUCCCCGUACGACCACAUGCUGCCCACGGAGAACGAGUUCGCGGACUACGUGGGCCGCCUGGGCGUCGGGAACGACACGCACGUGGUCGUGUACGACUGCAGCGACUUCGGCUCGUUCGCGGCGCCGCGCGUCUGGUGGAUGUUCCGCUACUUCGGGCACCUCUCCGUGUCCGUGCUGGACGGCGGCAUGAAGACCUGGCUGCGCGAGGGACACCCGGUCACCGACCUGCAGCACACACCGGAGCGCGCGCGCUUCAGGACCGAGCAGAACCCCGCCUGGGUGAAGACCUACGAGGACGUGCUGAGGAACCUCACUGACCGGAAGUACCAGCUGGUGGACGCGCGAAUGGAGGGCCGCUUCCGGGGUCUCGAGCCCGAACCGCGAGAAGCCAUAGAACCUGGUCACAUCCCCGGCAGCAUCAACAUGCCCUUUUCUUGCUUCUUGGAUUCUUCUGGACUGGAGCGUCCGGUCGAGGAGCUGACAGAGAUAUUCCAAAGUGCAGGCGUAGACCUUCAGAAGCCCUUCUGGGUUUCGUGCGGUUCUGGGGUCACGGCGUGCCACAUCGUGCUGGCGGCUCACCUGUGUGGACAUCAGGACGUCAGCCUGUACGACGGCUCGUGGUUCGAGUGGUUCUCCAGGGCGGCACCAGAACACAUCAUCUCUGAGGUGAAAGGCAAAAAGCAAUGAGAGACGACAUGAUGAAUAUUUCAGCUAGAGUUUGAGAUCAGAGAGCUAAAGCGCACUUUAUAAUACUUGUAUCAGUGCCUUGCGAAUUUAUGAUUCACAGUAAUGACAGGAAGUGAACCCUUAUAAAAUAUAUUUGAAAAUAUAAAUUACUAAAACGUAGAGUUACUGAUUUCAUACCCUUCAUUAUUUAUGUUCUGCCAUAAUAGUCAGUAAGGCACCACAUAAUUAAGAAGCCAAAGCUCGCGCCGAAGUGUGCAAACACACUGCAUGGUUUAAAAUAUAAAAAUAUAAGAACCUAAAUAAUCUGCAGGUUUGCUGAAGUGCAAAUAAUCUUACUGUUGUUUCCAGUGGUAGUACAAUUUACUUUAAACACUAAGACAACAACUAUUGUCUGAGUAUAUGUUUAAUAUAAGAAGCAAUAAUACUAAUAAUAUUUUGAAUCUUGUAGCAGAAACCUGUCUGUAUUUCAUUCCUUCAAGCAAAUAAAAAGAAAAUAUAUUUACACACA